AUGACUGGAGAAAAAUGGAUGCAUGAUGUGUUAAAUGGGCAUGAAAAACGUUGUUUUAACAUGUUUAGAAUGACACAAAGUACAUUCCGGAAAUUAGUCAUUGACUUGGAGAGUAAGUAUGGGUUGCUUCCUUCCGAAAGGACAUCCACUAUAGAGAAAUUGGGUAUAUUUCUCUAUACAUUGAGUCUAGGAGCCUCAAACCGGCAAGCCCAAGAGCAAUUUCAACAUUCUGGUGAAACCAUUAGUAGAAUUUUUAAAGAAGUCUUGGAUGCCAUGGAUGGCUUGUCAAGGGAUAUAUUAAGACCAAGAGAUCCCGAAUUUAAGGAAAUUCCCUCCCAAAUUGUCAAUGAUACUCGAUGUAUGCCACAUUUUAAGGAUUGGAUUGGAGCAAUUGAUGGUACUCAUAUAGACAUAAUUAUUGUUUCCGAGGAAGAUGAAUUGCGCUAUAGAGGAAGGAAAGGGACACCCACCGUUAACGUAUUAGCAUCUUGUGACUUUGAUUUACUUUUUACGUAUGUGUUAAGUGGAUGGGAGGGAUCUGCUCAUGAUUCUCAAAUUUUCCUCGACACAAUCAGUAAUUCAAGUCUAAAUUUUCCAAAACGUCUUGCAGGAAAAUAUUACUUAGCUGACAAAGGAUAUCCCGAAAGAGAAGGGUAUUUGACCCUUUACCAUAAGAUAAGGUAUCACCAAUCAAAAUUUCGUGGUGCAAACCCAAGAGGAGAACGAGAAAUUUUUAAUCGAGCCCAUUCAUCUUUGAGGAGUUGUAUUGAAAGGGCUUUUGGCAUUUUAAAGGCACGUUGGAAGAUACUAAAAGAACUACCAAUGUAUUCGCCACAAGAUCAAAACCGAAUAAUUUAUGCUUCAUGUGCGUUGCAUAAUUACAUUAGAAGAAGCAACAUUCCCGACCCAGCUUUUGUGAUCAUAGACAGAGAUCCAAACUUUAUUCCUGUCGAAGUACAAGUGAAUGAUGACAGUAAUUCCUUACAAGAGGCUCAUUAUUUGAGUACUAACGAGAUGACAAAGGUUCGAAAUGAUAUUACUACUAGUUUGAUGGCAAGUAGACGAUCUACACGUCGACGUCGUAUUUCUUAAGCAUUUGGUUUAUUUGUUUGAAUAGACAAGUUAUUAAAAAAAAUUAUUUCAUUAGUUGUUUGUAACAUUAUAAUUAGAGAUAAUUUGUUUUGAACAUUUUUAUUCUGCAUUCGUCCUUGCUCAUUAUUCCAUUUAAACCUCGUAAUUAGUAAAUUAGAUUAAUUCAUAAAUGGACUUCAAUACAAAAUUAAUAUACAAACUAUAAAGUUAAUCUUAC